UGCCUACAUUGAUUGAAGACGAGGCUGUGUCAAAAUGGCGAUGAGUGGAAAUGUUUCCCGGCUUCCGAAAUCAGGGCAAGAAGAAGCAGACAAAACACAUGCAGCAAAAGACCUGGCAGAAAAAAGGCGGUCUUCAGAUCAGGCAUCAGAUGUUCCACCAAAGAAAAAAGUUGCAGUGGAUGCAAAUAAGCCUAUCAGUAUUGGGUUUGGGACUAAAACACCUCUAGAUUUGCAGACACAGCAGUGUCUUGGAAAUGGUGACACUCCCAAAGAACAGAAUACUCAGCAGCAGUGCAAACCAGCAGGCCCCAUUAAAAUGAAUCUAGGAGGUGUCAGUCUAACAAAGAAACCUGUACCUCCUAUCAAAAUGGCUCUAAGCACUUCAGCUAAACCAAAGGCCAGUGUGACUCCUAUUAUGCAGACAGUCAAGAAAAGUAAAGCAGUAGCACAAGCAUUUAACCAAGAUGAUGAGAGUGAUGAAGAUGAGAUGCCUCCUGAGGCCAAAAUGAGGAUGCGUAACCUAGGACGAGAUACACCCACUGCUGCUGGACCUAACUCAUUUGGCAAAGGACAAUAUGGCUUCUGUGAUAGACGGAAAAUGAUGGAAAAAGAACUUAAAAAACAAAUGGAUGAUGUUGCUCCUAAGGACUAGAAUGAUUGUUUUCAAAACAAUUAGUUUAAUUUUUUCUUUUAGCAUUCAGCUGAAUAGUACAUCCCCACAUACCCUCCAUUUUAAAGGCUUGUUUCCAUCUCCACCAGAGAAUGAAGGCUCAUGCUAGCAUAUAAUAUUUGAGCUGAAUGCUAAAAAAUCAGUUUCUUUCACUAAAGGAAAAUAAAGAAGUUUGAUAAUAUAAUGUUAACUGAACGAUGGGUGAAGCAAAAAGAUGUACUAGUAACCCAUGAAUUGAUGUAAAUAUAGGGGCAUGUAGAUGUUGAACAUCUAAUGAAGAGCCAGUAGCAUUAAUGCAUUUAUUUAUUGGUAGUACAAUGUAUGUAUAUUGUAUCAGACUACCAUUCCAUUUUAUCCCAUUAUUAAUAUGGUAGCUAUGACUAUACAACUUGAAGACUGACAUGAUUGUUAGGACUAGUCAUGGAUCCAGUUCAUUGUAAUACGCUGUCACCUUUGUACUGUUAUGUGCUAGAUGUUUGUCUUUGUCACAAAGAAGUUAGCAUUUACCACUUUACUUCCUUUGAUCAUCAUUCAUAAGUGUGAUACAAAUUGCUGAUCCAUUUCUGUUCACUUCCAUACUGUCAGUGUGGUGGGUAAACAGAACUUCAUGAAUUUGCAAAGUAGGUAUUUAACUAGUACUUUUUAAAGUAAAAGAUGUAUUGUGUCAUUACAUAAGAGAAUCAAGUUUUUUUAAGUGGAGACGUCUUUUCUCUUUGGCAGUGGUCAACUCGGUAUAUGUAACAUGUUAACAUAAAAGGGUGAUGGAAGAGACUGAUAAUGAAAAAGAUAUUAAAAAUAUCAACCACAUUUGUUUUGGGACCAGUAAAAGUUCAUAGGUUUGAAUGCAAUUAAGUUCUGUCGUCUUUUAAAAAAAUACAGUGGUUAUUAUACUUAAUUAAUUGCCAUGAUGUAGGCAAUCCUGAAGGAGGUCUUUGUUACAGAGAGAAGGUAGCAAAUGCACCAAAAAGAUGACAAAAUAAACAUUUUUAGUUU